GGGCCCUAGGAGCGGCUCCCUCUUCCUCGCUGGGCCGGCGAAGGGUGGCCGCAGACUCCACGCCGGCGACCGCAGGGAAGGGGGCAGCGGGCAGCGCCUGGCGCGGGAGUGAAGCGGCCGCGGAGGGAGGCGCCGCCGCCAGCCGGCCGUUGAGAGAAGCCGGCGGCCCCGUGCGCGGGCAGCGCGAACAUGGCGUGCGCGGGCAGCGCAGCGGAGGAGGGCGCUGGCGAGGAGGAAAACUUUGAAGAUGCCUUUGAAAGCAUCCCAGUGGCAUCCAAGAUGGAUCUCAAGUGUGCGCUGGAAGAAUGUUCAAUGGCACUGAACUUAUUUCUAAAUAAUAAAUUUUCUGAAGCCCUGGAAUUACUUCGGCCAUGGUCUAAAGACAGCAUGUACCAUGCCCUUGGCUACAGCACUAUUUUAGUUAUGCAGGCUGCUAUGACCUUCGAGCCCCAGGAUAUCCAAAUGGGGAUUUCUACAAUGAAGGAAGCUUUACACACCUGCCAAAGAUUCAGGAAAAGAAGCACUGUGGUAGAGUCUUUGUCCAGUCUGGUUUCUAAACAGUCAAUGGAUCAGCUGAGUGAAGAGGAAAUGCAUGCAGAAAUCUGUUAUGCUGAAUGUUUGCUACAGAAAGCAGCACUCACAUUUGUACAGGAUGAAAAUAUGAUCAACUUUAUCAAAGGUGGCCUCAAAAUUAGGACAAGUUAUCAAAUAUACAAAGAAUGUCAUCAGGUGCUACAGAUGACUCAGGGCAAUAAAAAAAAAAAUGAAACCUACCAUCAGUUUGAAGGAGGAGUAAAACUUGGAAUAGGAGCAUUCAAUUUGAUGUUGUCCCUUUUACCAGGAAGGAUUCUCCGACUUCUGGAAUUUAUUGGGUUUUCUGGCAAUAGGAACUUGGGCCUCCAUCAGCUGCGGGAAGGUGCCUCUGGUACCAGUUUGAGGGCCAUACUAUGUACUUUUACCCUGCUGGUAUAUCAUACUUACGUCUCUUUAAUCCUUGGUAUAGGGGAAGCCAACCUUCAGGAAGCAGAGAUUCUUCUUGAACCCUACCUCCAGAAGUUUCCAAAUGGUUCCAUCAUUUUGUUUUAUGAUGCCAGAAUAGAUAUACUGAAAGGAAAUUUUGAAAAGGCACAGUCAAAAUUUCAAGAAUGCGUUGCUGCUCAGCAAGAGUGGAAACAGAUUCAUCACCUCUGUUAUUGGGAACUGAUGUGGUGCUACUCAUUCCAGCAGAAAUGGCUUCAAGCAUAUCGGUAUGCAGACCUGCUCUGCAAAGAGAGCAGGUGGUCUAAGGCAAUAUAUGUAUUCCAGAAAGCUGCAAUUUUGUGUAUGCUUCCAGAUGAGGAUGUGAAAACAACUGGAGAAGAUAUUGUAUCUUUGUUCAGACAAGUGGAUGGUCUAAGACAAAGAAUUGCAGGAAAAUCUAUCCCAACAGAAAAGUUAGCAGUGAGGAAAGCUCGACGCUAUACUGGUGCUCAGCCGGUGAAGCUCAUACUACCUGCCCUGGAAAUGAUGUAUGUCUGGAAUGGAUUUGCAAUUGUAGGCAAAAGGGCUGACCUCACAGAAAGUUUACUGAUAACAAUUGAGAAAGAAGAAACUGCUUUACAGAAUCAAACUAGUCACACUGAAUAUUUUAUAGAUGACUUGUGCUUGCUGCAGUUACUAAAAGGCCUUUGUUUGAAACACCUAGGAAGACUCUUGCAAGCUGAACUGUGUUUUAAUCAAGUUAUCCAAAGUGAGAAGCAGAUAAAAUAUGAUAACUAUUUGGUGCCAUUCACUCUGUAUGAGUUGGGACUUCUAUACAAACAGCAGGACCAGAGAGAGAAAGCAAUAAGAUAUAUAGAAACUGCAAAAAACAACUACAAAGAAUACUCCAUGGAGUCCAGGUUACACUUCAGGAUUCAUGCAGCACUUGACAGCCUGAAAGUGACUCCAGCUUCAACGCCUUGACUUAGCUGAAGGGUGAUCUUUUUCCAUGAAUUCAAGUAUCUACAUGAUCUUGGUUGAAUGUUUUUAAAAAAUUAUGUAAAUGACAGAAUGAAAAAGAAACAACUAAUUAUUAUAUUUUCUAUCAUCUGUGAUUUGAUGUUUGUCGUCCUUUUAGGCUGUUUUUUCUUAUGGUUAAAGCUACGAUUAUAUCAUGAAGGUUAUGGAAGUCACGGAAUCCAUGACUUCCAUUUAUCUCUGGUAUUUUCUGCCCCGGGUUGGAGCUCCCAGCCCCCUCCCCCCCAGCUCCCGAACUGAUGGGGGCACUCUGCGGUUGCCCAGCCGCGGGCAGCGGAGACUCCCAGCAGCUGCCCAGGCACAGCAGGCAGCGGGGACUCCUCAGCCAGCCGACCAUGCAGCUGCCCAGCUGUGGCAGGUAGUGGGGGACUCCCAGCAGCUGCCCAGCUGCGGUUGGCGGCCCGCAGACCCUGCAGCUACCCAGCUGUGGCGGGCGGCAGGAGACCCCCUGAAGCUGCCCAGCCAUGGCGAGCGGCUGGGGGACCCUGCAUCUCCCAGCCAUGAUGGGUGGCAGGGGACCCCAUGAGCACCCAGCUGCCCCAGGGGUGAGGGGACCCCGCAGCUCCCACUCCCCACAGUGGCGGGGGAUCCAGAGCUCCCACUUACUGCAGCAGUGGGGGACCCAGGAGCCCCAGCAGGGGUGGGUACUGAACCCACCUACCGCUUUUGUCAGGGAUAUUUUUAGUGAAAGUCAGGGACAGGUCACGGGCUUCCAUUAAUUUUUGUUUAUUGCCCGUGACCUGUCCUUGACUUUUACUAAAAAUAUCCAUGACAAAAACUUAGCCUUACUUAAGGUGCAUAUAUCUUAUCUCUGUGUGAUACGUUAAAGAAAGAUCUUAUAUUUUGUUUGAUAAAAUAAUUUAAUGUUUAACUUGAAUGGGGUAUAUUUUAAAAGCCAGUUGCUGGUGCAAUAAAGUCUAAUUCAAACACUUUAUUUUUUUAAUGUGAAAACUAAUGUUGUUUCUGCAGUGAAGCUGUUUGAUGAUUUUAUGUCAUAGUUUCAGCAUUCCGUGGGAACUUGAUUUUCUGCAAUGCACUUAUUAGGACCUUUGUGCCCUUGGAACAAAUUUGUUGGCUUACUAGUAGCCUCAGUCACAUAUUGGGCAAACAUCUGAAACGGAAAUUCGUGUAUCAAAGAAACAAUAAUUUUUAGACAAAUAACUAUGAAGGACUUAAAUUCACCUCAAGAACACUAAUUUUGUCUUCAGUGAAAUAUUUUUACAAAUCUCCUUCAAGACAAAAUUAGGCACAGCCACAGUUAUGGUUGCCUUGCAAUACUGUGUUCAUUCCAAAUAAGUGAUUGCAGGGAGUCCUUCCCACUCUUGUUGGGUUUCAGUCAAAGUAUAUGAAUAUACAAAUAAAGUCACUGUAUGUGACUUAAUGUUAGGGAGAAGAAAGAAAAUAACCAAGGUGAAAAAACUUUUUUCAAAUUUACACCUCUUCAGUUAGUGGUUUUUAAUGGCAAUGAAAGAUUCAUUUAGAAGUUUAAUUAAAAGUAAGUAAUUAAUAUAAAUUUUAUAGUUAGACUUAAUAGAAGAUUUUUUUAAGAUGUAGUUUUCUCCUUGUAGACCUUCUUAAAAGAACUAAGGGUGUUAGUAAAGUUUUAGUUAAACAUAAAUGUAUGUAUUCUUUACAAAGGAAUUUUCAGAGCUGCAGCAACAGAAAGAAUCCUCUAUCUGAGCAAGUAGUGUGGCUCUAAGAGCUUGGCCUUAGAUGUGAGGCCUGAUCCAAAGCCUUUUGAAAUCAGUGAAUGGAAAGACUUCCAUUGACUUCAGUGGGCUUCGGUUCAGGCCCUUAGAGCCUGAACCUGUAAACAUGAGUAACUUUACUCACAUGUAUGAAUUUAGUAAAACUAUGCAUGUAGGUGUUUUCAGAUCAUACCCCAAAAAUGAUAAUGGUAGUUACUACCAGAAUGCAUUCUGUUACCUUGAAACAUACUGUACCAUGGUCAUUGCUGUGUAACUCUGUUGAUUUCAGCUAAAUUACACCAGGGCUAAAUUCUGCUACUUAUUAACAACUCAGAUUGAGAGUAUGCAUAAUGGCUGUUAACUGAACCUCUAUUCCCCUACUCUCAUUUACCAUACCUCAUUUACACUCGUGAUUUUUCACAAUCAGCUGCAAAAGUGAUGGGAAAUUAGAAUAAGACAAUCCAUUUUAAAAGAUCUGCAAGCUGCUUAUACAUUAUUAUCUGCAAUUUAAUUUGCACUACAGAACCGUCUCAGACAAGCAUGAUCUCUUAACUUUUGUUUGAAAGUGAGAACAAUGCUGGGAAAGCAUGGGCAUUUUCUUUAUGGCAAACCAAUUAGAUAGCUAACUAAAGAGAACUGCGCAAAGUGAGUACGGCAUCUCAGGAUGGAGAGCGGGAAGUUUUCAAUAGGUACAGUUUAUGGAGAAUUUACAUUGAACAUAGUGUAAUCCUUGGUGCUGUUGCCCAGGUCAGAAGUUGCAAUUAUCAAAAAGUGUGCUACAUCAGGAAGGAGGACAUUUCUUGAAAUGUUUAGUGUAUAAUAUGAUAAUAUCCUGUUCCAGAACAUUAGGCACACACGUCCCAUUAGUAAUAAUAUCAGUUGCAGGAAUACAAGAAAGCUUCCCCAGUUUCUUCAGUGAAGCCUUCCAAAGUCAACAUGACCAAAAGUUUUUUUCCCCCACUGUAAUUGUGAUUGUGAUGUUUUUGAUUAAAAUAGCUUCUUUUUUUAAUAGCCUCUUGUUGGAGGCAGCCAUAUUGCAUGCACACACAGAAUAGGCAUAUAAAGACAAUUUUGUACUUUUUGAUGCCCAUAGUCUCUAAUACAACUGCCAUUUACAUAUUGUCGCUUGCUAAAUUCUUAGCUUGUUGUUUUAGAAUCUUGAAGGAGCAGGUCUUCCUAGCUUCAUUCUAGACAGUUCAUUUUUACCCAUUGAUAGUAGAAAAUGUAAAUGCUUCCAGCUGAGUUGGCACUAUGCAGGCCAUUGUGAUUCCAUUGUUAUUUAGUACAUUUUCCCCAAAUUAGGCGAUGAGGUUCAUUGAUAAGAGAAUCAUGAUGAAAAGUCUGUGUGGGGCCUUAAUUAUAAUAUUGUUUUAGUCUCAUUAUUUUCAAGAUCUUUCCCUCAAAUGCUUAUGCCAAUGGUAUUCUUGAAUAAUAAUUUGGGACUUUAAUGUCUCUGAGCAAAGUUGAGAUGUAUUCCAAAGACACAGCUUCCAUUCAUAGUAGGAGAGAGAUACUCACAUCCUAGAACACAAUUAGGCCCUACUUUUAGACAGCAGGGCUCAGCAUUAAUGGUAGCAUUAUGAAUAAAGUAAUCUUCAUCCUUAAAGGGAUAGCAGAUGUGUGAUUUUUUUUUUUAAAGAAGAGAGAGUUCGUCAGCAUGAGCAAAAUAAUAAGGUAAAGUUUCACUUCAGUAGGGAAUUUUUCGCAUUAAAAUUAUUAGUAAAAAUACUGUGUUUACGCUUUCUGUUUGAGUGUUCAUUCUGUCGGUGAAGGGUUGUUUAUAUAUAUUGUAUUAUAAUUUUUAAGCACUGGAUUACCACUUUUUAAAUGGAAACUGUAAGAAGAGAAAAUACAUUUUAGCAAAAAGCUUAUUAAGGAAUUAUGUUUAUAUAUGUUGCUGUAAUGUAUGUGGGCAGCAACUGUAUUUAUACCUCAUGGCCAGAAGAAUAUAUAAAAAUUAAUUUUGUUGUAUGUUUUCAGAACAUUCUGCCAACUCAAGCAUAAAGAUAAAAAUAAUAAUUUCCUAUAUAUGUAACAGAAAUCCAACUUACGCAGUGCAUCUAUUUUUCUACUGGUCUUGACUGUUAAUGUAAUUUGUUACUGUAAACUCUUAUACUUCAUAGUUCAACAAAGAUUGUUUGUAUUUGCACUGGUGGUGCUCUUUAUUUGCUUUUGAAAAUAUUGGGGUUUGCACAUGUUCAAGAUGUUUGAACAAGAAUGGUGAAAGACAGUGAAAUAUCUUUGGUAUUGAAAAUAUAUAGAAAUAAACUAAUUCACGCUGACAUAGUAGGUCAUAUUCUGACUUCUGUGGAGUUAUUCAAGAUUCAUAUUGAUGUAACAGAGAGCAGAAUUUGGCCCAGGACAUUAGUUGUGCAUUAGAAACUAACAGCUGGGCGUUGGCAGUAUAGAAAAUUGGUGCACAGAGACAACACUGAAAAGUUAAAACAUCAGUUCAGGCUCACAACUCCUACUUACCGACACUACCUACUAUGGUGCAUGUUCUAGAGAAAAAACAUGUUUAGGAGAGGAGAUAUUGAAUGUAAAAAAACCAAAGUGCUUCUUUAAAAAGAGUUAAUCUGUCAGUUGCUGUAGGUUUAGAUUUCAAAGAAUUCCUAUGAAAUGUGCAAUUAAGGGAAAACUUUACUGAUUAAUGAUAAUAGUUUAGAUAGCUAAAUAAUUUAGGCUAGGAUCUUCAAAGGAGCUAAAAUUCAGUAAGAAUUAGGCACCGGACUCCUUUAGGUCCUUGCCUUACAAAACAAUAGCCAAAUUCUACCUUUUUCACACAUAUGGAAUCAGAAUUUGGCUUCGACAAUAUAUAUUUUUAGAAAAAUAAAUGUUCAAAAGUUUUAAAUUAUACAUAGUGUGGUUCAUUAUCUCCAUAACUAUGCAAAAUGCUGGUGUUUCAGUGACAGCUAUGAUUUUAAUGAUACUUCCCAGCAGGUAGUCCCUGAGUCAUAGGAAAUGUUGCUCAGUAUCUGGAUGCAAGAGAAAGGCAGGAGACUUUCAGACAAGUAAAGUUCUAUUAGUUUUCAGAAUUUUUGUUAGUUAACUUAGCAGAGUGUCAAGAUGGCAGCUACUGUUAUAUGUUCCUUUUUAUGUUUAAGAUAUUUUUGACAUGAUUUUCUCCUUGUAAUCUUUUAUAUUACAUUGAAAGGAAGAGAGGAAGCAUCAUAGAAUGAUUAAGGCAUAAAAAUUAGGAAUCAGAUCUGGGUUUACUUUCUAGCUUUGCCACACAUGCAACUGAUGUCAUAUGAAUCUCUCUAAUCUGUUUUCAUUGAUAGAGCAUCAGUCAUUACAGCAUCUCAGCAUACUGUGCCUCAGAGGGAGGAAGGAUGGUCCAAUGGUUAGGGCACUAACCUGAGACUCAGGACACCUUCAUUUGGGUCUGUAUUUGGGGGGAAAACAAAUGAUGUAGUCAUAUCCUAUGAUGAUUAUAACACACUUUCCAUUACACUAGUAUAUCAGGAGAAUGUUAAACAGUAGGUACUAAAGUUAGACUUCUUAAAAUCAACAGGUCCAAGAGUGUUAAAAGAGCUAGCUGAGGAGAUUCUUUUUCAAUAACUCUUAGAACACUGGGGAAGUUCCAGAAGACUGGAAGAAAGCUAGUGUUGUGCCAAAACCUAAAAAAAAGAUAAACAGGAUGAUUGGGUAAUUAUAAGCCUGCUCGUGUUACACUGAUCCCUGGCAAGAUAAUGGAGCAGCUGAUAUAGGACUCAAUUAAUAAAAAAUUAAACUAGGGUAAUAUAAUUAAUGUCAAUCAACAUACACUUAUGGAAAAAGAUCCUGCAAAAUCAACUUGAUAUCCUUUUUGAUUAGAUGACAAGUUUGGUUGAUAAAAAUAUUAGAGUUGAUGUAAUAUAUUUAGACUUCUGGAAGGUGUUUAACUUGGUACCGCACAACAUUUUGAUUAAAAAACUAGAACUAUAUAAAAGUAACAUAGCACUAGGGCUGUCGAUUAAUCGCAGUGAACUCACAUAAUUAACUCAAAAAAACCUAAUCAUUUCUUUAUCGUGAAAGUGCAAUUUACAAAUGUAGAUUUUUUUGUGACAUAACUGCACUCAAAAACAAAACAAUGUAAAACUUUAGAGCCUACAAGUCCAUUCAGUUCUACUUCUUGUUCAGCCAAUCACUAAAACAAACAAGUUUGAUUACAUUUAUGGGAGAUAAUGCUGCUGCUUCUUAUUUACAGUGUCUCCUGAAAGUGAGAACACGCAUUUUCAUGGCACUUUUGUAGCUGGCAUUGCAAGGUAUUUAUGUGCCAGAUAUGCUAAACAUUUGUAUGUCCCUUCAUGCUUUGGCCACCAUUCCAGAGGACGUGCUUCCAUGCUGAUGAUGCUCGUUAAAAAUAUUCUAUUAAUUAAAUUUGUGACUGAACACCUUGACGGAGAAUUGUAUGUCUUCUGCUCUGUUUUACUCGCAUUCUCGGAUGAUGACCCAGCACAUGUUGUUCGUUUUAAGAACACUUUCACUGCAGAUUUGACAAAACUCAAAGGUACCAAUGUGAGAUUUCUAAAGAUAGCUACAGCAUUCAACCCAAGUUUUAAGAAUCUGAAGUGCCUUCCAAAAUCUGAGAGGGACGAGUUGCGGAGCAUAUUUUAAGAAGUCUUAAAAGAGCAACACUCCGAUGUGGAAACUACAGAACCCGAACCACUCCAAAAGAAAUCAAUCAUCUGCUGGUGGCAUCUGAAUCAGAUAAUGAAAAUGAAAAUGCGUCGCUCUGCAUUUCUUUGGAUUGUUAUCAAGCAGAACCUGUCAUCAGCAUGGCCGCAUGUCCUCUGGAAUGGUGGUUGAAGCAUGAAGGAACAUAUCAAUCUUUAGCACAUCUGGCAUAUAAAUGACUUUUGACGGCAGCUACAACAUUGCCAUGCAAACUCCUGUUCUAUCUUUCAGAUGACAUUGUAAACAGGAAGCGGGCAGCUUUAACUCCUUGAAAUGUAUACAAACUUGUUUGAGCGAUUGGCUGACCACGAAUUAGGACUGAGUGGAGUGUAGGCUCUAAAGUUUUACAUGUUUUAUUUUUGAGUGCAGUUAUUUUUGUACAUAAUUCUACAUUUGUAAAUUCAACUUUCAUUAUAAAGAGAUUGCACUGCAGUAGUUGUAUUAGAUGAACUGAAAAAUACUAUUUCUUGUUUCUUUUUUACAGUGCGCACUGUGCACUUUGUAUUCUGUAUUGUAAUUGAAAUUAAUAUAUUUGAAAAUGUAGAAAACAUCCAAAAAUAUUUAAAUAAUGAUAUUCUAUUAUUGUUUAACAGUGCAAUUAAUCACAAUUAAUUUUUAAUCAAGCAAUUAAUAGAAAUUAAUUUUUUAAUUGCUUGACAGCCCUACAUACCACACAUUAAAAGGACUAAAAGCUGGCUAACUGAUAGAUCUCAACAUGUAAUCAUAAAUGGAGAAUUAGUGAGUGGAUGUGGAGUACCACAGGGAUCAGUUCUUGGCCCUUCACUUUUACAAUAUUUAUCAAUGAUCUUGAAGAAAGCAUAAAAACAUCACUAAUAUAGGUUGCAGAUGACACAAAAUUGGGAGAUGGUAAAUAAUGAAGAGGACAGGUCACUGAUUCAGAGCGAGGGAUCUGGAUCACUUGAUGAACUGGGCACAAACAAACAAUACAGCUAAAUGUAAAUGUAUACAUCUAGGAACAAAGAAUGUAGGCCAUAUUUACAGGAUGGGGAACUCUAUCCUGGGAAACAAUGUCUCCGAAAAAAGAGGUGGCAGUUAUGAUGGAUAAUCAGCUAAACAUUAACUCCCAGUGCAAUGCUGUGGGCAAAUGAGCAGUGCUAUCUUUGGAUGCAUAAAUGGGAAUCUUAAGUACGAAUAGAGAGCAAAGAAUUAUAUUAUUAUUCAUACAAUUGCAGUUUUCCUUUAACACAUUCAUAUUUUUAAAAAGAUGAGCCAGUACAUGUCUCCCCCCUGCCAAAAAGGUUUCAAAAAAUUUUAAAGGGAAUGUUCUCGUAAAAACAGGAUAAAAAUUUCAGUGCAGUGAUCAUUCAUUGGUAUGUGUAGACCUCAGCUUCAAUUAAAAAUAUGCCAUUUUCUAUGGAUAACGUUCAUCCUAGUGCAGAGGUGCCUAUGCAUGGUUUAAAGUAGAUUAUGUAAAAAUUCCAUAUCCAGAUUUAUUUUUAGACAGAGCAGUUAUUGUAAAAGGCCUUUUCCAAACUUUUUAUGGUCUAAUUCAAUUUGCAUUCUUUUUGUAUGUGAUAAUAUUAAAAACUUCCUUUUCCCCUUGCCACCCUUCACUUCAGAAAUAGAUCUCAGGGGUUUUAUUUUUCAUGAAGUAUCCAUUAUUCCAUUGGUUUGGUCGGAGGGGGAAUUUAAAAAUUAUUUACAUUUGAUCUCUAUGCGUAGAAUACAAAUUGACAUGUAAAUAAAGUUCAGGUACUGAUUCCUGUGAAAGCCAAAGGGGAAAGUGUUUCCCCUUGUAUUUUGCACACAGCCUAUGAAGUUUUCCAUUUUCCAAGCAAGUUCUCUUUUCACUUUUCUGUUUCACAAGGAUUCUGUAGUUUUGGGGUUUGCCUCUAUAUAAACAUCACUUGCAUGAUUGUUGAAUUUAUAGGAUUAUUCUCAUAAUAUAAGGGGCUUUUGUUGCUAGUCUUCCGUACAGUAGGCGUUUAAACUGGAUUCUUAAUCAGAGUUAUGUGGAGAGAGGAAGGCUGAAUGAAGUUACAUUUGUACUGGGAUUAAUGGGGCAAUAUCUACAAUUGAUAGUAAUUUGUAAAACAGGGCACUAUUUAAUAGACUAAUAAAUAGUAUACUUUCUGACUUGAUUCUUAAUGGCAAUUCAAAUAAACAGAUUUUAGACAAAGUGGAUGGAGAAAAAAGCAAUGAAAUACUGUAUUAUGCAAUUAUCUAUGACUGAGACUUUAUAAUCAACCUUCUAGUCAAUUUACUUGGGGAGACAGGACAACAAAUUUGCUAGAAAGCUAUUUAUUCAUUGAUGUUUGUUUGUGAGCAGAAGAAUCUGUGACAGGUAUAGUGAGUAUUGUUGCUGAACAGCAGCGACUUUGGGGGUCUUUGGAAGAGAAGUUAGUGACAUAAAGACUCGGGAUAUUUCUAAUAAAUAAACUGGCUUCACAUCUCAGUUACAUUUGUGUAAAUGAGGAAUAGCUGCAUUGAAAUAAGUGGCAUUUCUGGAUCCAUGGCAAUCAGAAUCUGGCCACGUGUCAUCACACUCUGUGCACAUACCAGCUGUGAUGCUUUAGGUAAAUUUAUUAGGUGAAAGUGUCUGUUUAUUCUGACUUUUAUAUUUUUGUGUGAAGAAUGCACUUUUUUUCAAACCAACCUGAAUUAAGCCUGUGAUUUAUUUUAAGACCUAUUUGAUAUACAUCUUGUAGCAGAGCAUGUGAUACUGAUGUUAAUGUUUUCAUGUUCACUCUAUAAUAGACCUCAAAUCCUUUCUGCUCAAUGCUGACACCACAACAAUUAUGCCAAUUACCUCUCCUGCCUUUGGAUGUAUGGACACAGCUCCCAUUGAUUUUGAAGGGAGGCCUGCCUGCACAUUUAAUUGAUGCUUAAGAUAUAUUUCAAAUACAAAAGGAGAGUCUAAGGCUGUGUGCAGGUGUUAACACCAGUUCAACUGCUAGUAGUAAUUUUUUGGGGGUAACAUUUCCUCAUGCAGACAAAGCUUAAAAGGCUGCCUUGCUCCAUUGGUCCAUAUUUGCCUGCCUUGCUCCAUUGGUUCAUAUUUGCCUGCCUCCUUCUUGAGUUGCAUGGUUAAGAGUCAUUCACCUCUAGAGAAUAGUCUGGUGUCCCAAUACAAAGCCUGGGUCAAUCAUAGCCCAGUAGUGCUUUGUAGAUUUUGAAUAUAUGCAAAUGUAAUGUACUUAUUUCCUUAAAAUGACUCCAAACCCAUUCAAAAUUUCUUUGAGUUUCUUCCUCCACUCCUAAAAUAUAUUCUUCUCCUGGAUACCCACUGAAUGCAUGAGUUUAACUACUCUAUUCAUAAAAGCUGCUCCUGAGAUACUUUUGAUACUCAAUUGAUAUUUGAGAACAAUAGGGAAUGCUCUAGACAGCUGUGGAGGCCACCAGCGCUGUCCUUGCUCUCCCUAAUUCGGUACUUGAGUUCUACACCUGCUGCCCAAGAAAAGGGAUGAGAGGAGAGAUAAACAACCCAUUGUUGGCUCUCCCCAGGAGAGUUAAAAGUCAGUGGAAAUAAAUGAGUUGCCACUGAGCUUUUUGGCCAAGUGGCUUAGGGAUAGCGGGGAAAGAAAUGGCCAUCACCUGAGUUCCCUUCUCCAGAGAAGCGUAUUUGCUACCUGCCUCAAUUUGGCUGGAACUCCCCUGAGUUUUGACAGAGUCCCAGUUAUCUGCCUCUUUGUUCUGAGUAUUCAGAACUUCGGUGUCUGCUUGCAAGGCUGUACUGGAGGCUUCAGAUGUCUCAUCCUCUUCCUAGCUCUCACUGUCCACUGUUGGUUCCUAUGCCUCGCUGCAGUGGCAGAGGGAACCGUCCAUUGGUCCUUGCCAGCUGCAGCAGCUAGCCCAAUUUAGGAGGGAAGAAAGGGAACACUGUAGAGGGGGCAGAAAGAAAAAGGGAAAAAAUGAGGACAAGUGGUGAAAGGAAGUGGGGUGGAAGUAGAGAGAAAUGAGGGGGCAGAAACAGAAGGGAGCAAAUAUUUGGGUAGAUAUUACUAUAACACCCAGGCAUUGAUGUCAGGAAGUGAGAGCUGAUAGAACCUCAGCACAUGGGGCCAGAGGGAAUGGUGACAAAGGAUGGGAAAAACCUCAAAAGGGAAGGAGAAGAGGGACAUAAAAGAGAAAUGAAAGAGGAGAGUAGUGGGUAUCUGGGCAAGAGGAAAAGAUGCAACUCAAAGAGGAAAGCAGGUGUCUACCUCCUGCCUCUUAAAAACAGCAGAUGAAAGUAGGUCUUCUACCAGCAUAGCUAGAUUGGGGAAGCCAUGGCCUGUUGUACAGGGAGGGGGUUGUGAAUAACAGGAUUGUCCUUUUAUAUGGGACAAAUGAAAGGAAAACAAGAACAGCUGCUGUGGUACUUAUAGCCAUUAAAAUAAUCUAAAAGCGACCAAAAUGUGUUAUGGAGUCUAAAAGCUCACAGAGUCCUAACUUGUUUUGAGAGUUGUCUCUUGACAACUGUGGGGAAAGGGUGGUGGGGCUUUGAUGGUGGUUGAUAGGUAAGCUUGCCUCCUCUCUACUGGUAUUUCCAACUAGGGUGAGAACAAGGAUUUAGGAUUUACUGAAGGGCUAUUUUAUUGUCCCUCUAAGGCCUGCAAGGAGUUCAGCCUGAGCAGACCUCUGUGCCUGUGUGGACCUACUUGUAAAAUCAGGGCUAAACAUGUGAUGGGCCUUUAAAGGUUCCCUAAACUCAUCUGAGCACAAGGAACUCUAAAGACCCCACCAGAUGAGGAGACUUCUCACUAAGCCACCCGGAGCACAAAGAGGAAGUGUUCGCAGAAGGAGACAGUUCCUCUUUCAGAAAAAUAUUUUAAGAAAUUUAUAAUUAGAAAUGAUUUUAGUUUUUCUCUAAUUAAAAUGAAAAAGUUUAAUUUAAAAACAAUUUUCUUUACUAUUUGUUGGUAACGCUUAUAUUUUUGGCAGGAAUUGGCAUGUUUAUUUUUAAAAAGCUGUCUUGUUUAGUUCAGGCUGUGGAUUGGGACCUAUGCAUGCAGAUUAAUGUACACAGUAAGCCCCACCCUAUCGCUUGCCCGUCACCCUCCCUGUAAAAUCUAGAUCUGCAAGUAGGGGCCAUCUACAGUGGAUAAAUUUUCCCACUUGCUCACAUUGGCUCAGCUUCACUGAUUUUAGCUCUAUUGGGAGUCUCAAUGUAGAUGGGCUGCUGGCUGCAACUGGCAUUUUUAACAUUAUCAUGUAAUCCUGCUCAGAGCAGGCCUAAUCAAUGUGAUUUUUAUAAGCACCAAUUGCAGCCAGUAUACAUCUCUCCAGUGUAAAUGGCCCCUUAGAAGGUGGCCUUUGUAACACAGUCAUGGAAUGUUAAACAUCUUAUCCUGUGCUUUUCUCCUUUCUACGCUCCACCCUCUUACCAAAAAAUGAAUACAGGUUUGCAGAAUUAAACAGAAUGGCUAGAAAAAUUAAAGCCAUUUAGUUAUUUUAAAAUACAUGUAUGUUUUAGUAUAUUGAUGUCACUAGCAGCAAUUUUAAAUAGAAAAAUCUCUUAAUGCAGUAGCAAAAACUAUAGAUAGGUUGAUGUUAGAAUAUUCUAUCAGUUCAGGACAGCAAUCAAAUAAGAGUCUCCUACAAAUAUUAGCAUAAAACAUUAGUCAUGUUUUACAUUUAUUAUGCUGUUUAUAUCCACAGUACUUCAAACUCACUUUCUGUUAAAUUGUAUCUGUCAUCUGUAAAGAACUACUUAUUUGGGUCUUGACAUUUAACUUUUAUUCUAGUCUCCAGUAGCUUUUAUUUUUAACUUGAAUACACCUAUACAAGCUGAUGUAAUUACAGUAAAUUGUAUUUUUAAAGUUUAACAUGUAAUAAAUUGUCUCCAUUCCAAAAA